CCCAUACAUUCACACCCCCCUCGAGUCCCAUCAACAUGCAGCCUCGCCCCCACCUGGCUGGUGACAGGCUAUCUUCGGCAAUGAGCAGCAUUGCUGACAUUGGCCGACUGAGCGCCUCGCAGCAGGGCACCACAGCCACCUUCCCGGGCGGCGGCCACCCCCCGAUGACCAUCGCCACCGCGGCCACCGCCACGGUCGGCAUGCUUCGGUACUCCAUGCCGACCAGCGGCUUCAGCGGCCCAGGCGCCGGGGUUCUGCCCAGCGGCCCCAGCGAGGGCAUGCCAUUCAGCAACCCCACCGGUGCCUUUGGCCUGGACACAUUUGCCAACUCGCGCCCGACCGCCUUCUCGCUGGGUGCGGCUCCUGCAGCCGGGCAGCAUCUCCCCGGUCGAGGCCCCCUCCCGGGACUCAAUAUCCAGGCUGGCCACUUCGCAGGUGCCCAGGAAGACAUGUCCUUCGGGCGCACGGCCGCUGCUGCGGCUGCCGCGGCCGCCGCGGCCGCCACCGCCAGCAUGUCUCCUGGCCCGAUUGGCGGCGGGUAUGCCCCGGGAUCCGGUGGUGCGGCUCUGCACCCGCAUCCGGCAUCGCUCCCGGCCAGUCGCGCCGGGUCACUGGCUCCCAUGGGUUUGGCCUCGCCAGUGGCCUCGCCCUUGGCCUCGCCAGCCUCCGGGCUUGGUCGAUUUUCCCUAACAGCGGAUGGCGGCCCCGGCGAGGCGGCCACCGCCUUGUCUCUGUCGCCCGACAUGCAGGCCGAGUGUGACAGCAUCAUGCACUCAUUGUCUGAGCAUGUCCUGGCAACCUUGCAGGAGGUGGCCUGCAUCCACAGUGAAAUUGGCUCGAGCGCCUCCGGCCUCCAGACCGACUGCCUGGCCCUGCAUUCGCAUCUGGCCGAUUCGUGCAAGGCCUUCCUCCAAGAUCGGAUUUCCCUGCGCGAUGCCAUGCUCAAUGAGAUUGCUCACUGCCAAAGUGCCAUCGCCGAGCAGCUUGCCCGCCUGGGGGACUCGCCUUCUCAGGACCCGGCUGGCACAUCCUACAGCGACGGCGCCAUCGGCAACAUCGAGCGGCGCCUGUCCUUCCUUCAGGAAAAGCUCAACAAGCUCAGUGCUCGCGUUGCCGAGCGCCAGGCCCGCAUCACCGCCCUCUUCCAGGAGGCCGUUCACCUGGCCGCGCAAAUCGACAUGCCCGUGGCCGCCGUCAGCAACAUUCUCAGCCAGGCGGACAGCAUUGAGGCGUAUACCGCUCGGGUACUGGCGGCCACUUCACCCCCUGCCAGUGGCCCCGGGGAUUCCAGCUUGCGUCUGGUUGCCGAAUUCGAGGCUGAGGUGGCCCGACUGAAUGGACGCCGCGCGGCCUCUAGCCAGCGGAUCCAAGAGGUUCUUGGCCAAGUGGCUGCUCUGUGGACCGAGCUCGGUGUCCAGCCGGAUGCCGGAUCCUUCGACUGGCUGCUGCUGCAGCCCGGCAGCCCGGCCAAUGGGCUGCCCUCCGAGAAGUUGAUUGCCCACCUGGACCAGACCCACGAGCGCUUGACCCUCGAGCGGGACCGUCUGCGCGAGCAGAAGACCACCCUCCUGCGUGGCAUCGGUCGUCUGUGGGACGCCCUGGACGUGGCCGACCCGGAGCGCGAGGGUAUCCUCUCCUCGGCCGGCGACCUCUCUCCCUCUUCGAUUGCCAUUUGUGAGCGCGAGCUUGAGCGCCUGCGCGCCAUUCGCCUGCAGCGACUGCCGGCCUUCGUGGAGUUGGCCCGCCAGGAGCUGGCCUCGCUGUGGGACGAAAUGCACAUUCCGGAGGACGAGCGUCGGACGCUCUUCCCGCCGGCCUUCGCGGACACCAUCUCCGAGGAUGUGCUCACUGCACAUGAGGAUAUGGUGGAGAAUGUCCGCGUGCAGCACCAGCAGAUGGCCAGUCUGAUCAAUGCCAAGAACGAAUAUAUGGCCCUGUUGGAGGAGGAGCGCCUGUUUUUGGAAAAGACCCAGGACCCUCAGCGCCUUACCCGUCGCGGUGGACCGCGCGUCAAUCUUCUGGAAGAGGAGCGCACGCGCACGCGCCUGGCCCGGCGCAAGCCGGAGCUCCGGCGCUUCCUCCUGGCUGAGAUCGAGCGCUGGGAGGCUGACCGUGGGCAGUCUUUUUUGGUGGACGGCAAGCGGUAUGCUGAUGUCCUGGCUGCGGAGGCUGGCGCGUCAACAGCCAAGGGCGCCGCGGCGGCCGGGCGCCCUGGUGCUCGUGGUCGACCGAGCGUUCUGGCCCCCGGUGGGGCUGGCGGCACCGGCGCUCGGCGCUCACCCACCGGCCAAGCUCCCGCCGCAGGCUCUGCCGCAGGCGGACGUGUGUCUUCCUCUUCGACCGGGGCCCCGGCAGCCGCUGGCCGCCAGCGCUUGGCGUCCCUCUCCUCCAGCUCGGGCCCCACAUCGAGCACCACAGUCACUACCGGCCCGGCCACAGUCAACCGUCAACGGUCGGCGUCCCUCUCCUCGAGCACGGGCCCGACGGCCGGUCGUCCGGCCGCCACCGGCGGCCGGCCUCCCUCGGGCUCGGGACUGUCUUCAUCGAUGCCGGCCAGCGGUCCGACACCGGGCACUGGGGUGCCCCCGCAGCAUGGCUCUCGUCGGCCUCUGUCGCGUUCUUUCACCUCGGGAUCUCGCAAUGCGGCCUCCGGUGCUGGCGGAGCGGCCUCCACUGCGCCGCGAAAUGCCGCCCCCACCAUGGGUUCACGCGGUGCCGGUGGGUCUGCCGGUGGUUCUUCCGGUGGCGCGGCCACAGCCGGCGUGCAGUUUGGCAUCAGUCUUGCCCCGGCUCGACUGGCCGUCGACCCGGAAGCGGCUUCCCUGCCGCCGAUUCCCGGGCGCCAUGGCGGCCCGGCCGGGCCGCAGCUGACUAUUCCCCAUAAUCGCGCGAGCGUCGCCGUGCCCGAGCCAACAUUGGCGAGCGAUCGGCGCCCGGGUGGCCUUGGCGUGAUGGCCCCACGGCCGCGCAUCUUCGACGAGGUGGGAACCAAGCCCGAUCAUCCGAAUUCCUUCGCCUCACUGGCUGGCGGCCCUCCGGCCGGCAAUGCCCCUGGCGCCUCCGCCAGCCGGCCGCCCAUCCCCCCGGCGCCGCCCAGCACCACCGCGUCGCUGGUCUCCUCCGCACUUGACAGUAGCCUUGGCCCCGAGGAGCCGCUACUGGCCAGGUUCUCCCUGGUCGGUGCCGGGGCAUCCGGCCCGUUGGCCGGCGGCGAGCCCGGUGCCCGUCAGCGCGACCCCUCUCCAGGGCUGUCGGUGGAUGAUCUGUCCACGUCUUUGCCGGUGCCAUGCCGCGGCCCGUCAGCGACUUCCCUGGGCUCCUCGCUUGCCUCGUCACAGGGCUCGGUCACCGGCAAACUCGCCGCACCUCCCGAGCCCGCUGCAUCGGCAGCCGCGGCCGAGGCGCCUGUGGCCCCGGCCGCGGCCGCUGAGCCCAUUGUGCCGGCCAUGGCGGCAGCUCCUGCCCAGCUGCCAGCUGCAAGUGUGUCGGUCCAGCCACCGCCACCAGCCGCGCCCGGCCAAUCGUCCACCUCGGCCCCGGUCCCUGAUAUUCUGACCACCCUGGCGCCGCUCACCCCGGCCGUCUCCCGGCUGCGUGGUGCUUCAUCAUCGCUGGCCGACGAAAGUGCCGGGACACGGAUUGCCCGCGCGGCCAAGGAUGUCCCUUGCCUGUUUGAUGUGGUCUUUGACCAGCGCCCCUCGCGUGAUAGCAUUGGCCUGCCGCGGCCGGGCCCCAUGGCAUCCAAGUCUUCCUCGCCGGAGCCGGCCGUGCCCGAAUCCGACCUCCCGAUUGCCAAGUCGAGCAUGCCGCCGGGUGACGCGACAGCUGCCACUUUGCUCGCGGUCUCCUCCACAGAGUCGGCUGUCAGCACCGCCAGCACCACCGGCAGUGCCAGCGACCGCAGCAGCCUCAGCAGCAGCGCCCCGGCUGGCCCCCUGCCGGAGUCACAGCCGCCUUGCCCGCCUGAGCCGAAGCAGCCGUCAGAAAGCCCACUGGUGUCAGCCAAGCCGCCCACCGGUGGACUGAGCAUGUCUUUUAGCCCCCCGAAGUCGCGCGCUUCGGCCCUGCAGCGGCCACCGCCCGACGACCGCGCCCCGGAGAGUGUGCCCAAGCUGGCGGGGGUGGUGGCCACUGCGGCCGUCACGGCCGCGAGCCCUGCUCUUCCCUCCCCCACCACCCUCACAGCCGUUGCCGACAGUGCUGCCACUGUCACCGAGGAUCCUGCCACCGCUGUGGUGGGGGAUUCUCCACUCGCCACCACGGCCACUGUCGCUGUUCCUGGCGGCAAUGUGGCCGUUCCUCCGGUCACUUCGCCAGGGCUCAAUGACAGUGGGCGCGACCUGGCCGUGGCACCGGCGCCCCCCCACGAGCCAAGCAGCAACACCUCCUCGCCCAAGCGCAAGGCCCCUCAUGACGAGCCACCUGGGACCGAGGGGCCCGGCUCCGAAGCCGGGUCUGCCUCUUCCCCCGGGCCGCCUUCUGCCUUGCCAUGUUUCUCGCCUGCCGCCGCUUCGGCCGCGGCCAUUGUCGCUGCCGGCGUCGGGCCCCGGUCGCCCAAACGUUCGCGCCUUUCUCUGGCCGGGGCUGAUGGCAGCUUCUCCCCGGAAUCGGACUCCUUCUACUCGCCCCUGUCGCCGCCGGUGUCGGCCACCGCGGCCGGCCGCCUGAAGGAGGGGGGCCCCGCCUCGCCGGCCGGCUUCUUCUCCGAUUCGGUCAUCCAUCACCCCGCCUCACCGUCGCCUUCGAGCCGCGGGGGGAAGGCCCCCGGUCCUGGUGGUGAAUCAGCUGCCGCCUCGAAGUCGGGGUCCGGGACGGCUGACGCCUCGUUUUCCUCAACAGCCGGCAGCGAUCGCGACUCGAUCGGCCUCUCGCUCAGUUUCAAUGACUUCUUCUGAAAGAGAAACAUGCCGCCGAGGGCGAGCAGGGGGGAAGACGGGUGGGGCCAGGGGAUUGCCCUGCUGUGCGUGGUUGCGCUGCUGUGCGCCCCUCUCCCGACUCUCCUCUCCGGGUUCCCGCCCCUCUUUCUCUCUCUCUCUCUC